AAUAACUAACAAAAGCGUUUCACAUAAUUAAUAAAUCAUUAAUUUCCUCUUUUUUGCUCUUCAACGCACCCGCAAACGAUUAUUUUCAAAUCGUUUGUCAAGCACCAACUCCACUUCCACACACACACGCACACACACCACUCGCGAAUUUUUGUUUAUUUUUGGAUGGUCCUUCGGGAAAAGGGAUCGAAAAAAUUGUUUUUCCACAAAAGUAGAUAACUAAGUGACCGGAAAGGACCGCACAAUGACGGGCGCCGGUGUCAGUAUGUAUUAUGUGGGCAACAUACCCAAGAAAGCGACAGAUAUGGAAGUGGCCAGUCUUCUGACCGACUACGCCAAGAUGACCAGCUUCGAGUUUCGGCUAGCGACCGACUCCUACUGCCCAACUAAGAUCGCCUAUGUUGGCCUGAACAAGACGCUCUCGGAGGAACAGGUCCGCGAGCUGAACAACAAAAAGGUGCACGACAAACGGCUUUAUUUUGUCAGCACGCAGGCCGAAGCCUACUUUACGCCGGAGCGGUCGGUAGUCCUGCGGUACCUCAACGAACAAAUUACAGAGGAAGAAAUUAGCAGUUUCUUCCGAGAUUUCGCUUCGGUACUGCUGGUACAGAAACCGUCCCAUUCAUAUGCGUAUGUAGAAUUCAAGAAUCGCGAGAAUGUCAACUAUGCCCUCACAAUGACUCGCACUAUGAGAAACAUGGAGAUGUACAUCGUACCAGUGAAGAGAAAUAUUAGCGUAUUCCUGGAGCAACUGCGUCCGGUUCCCUAUGCGUGCUUAAGGGAGAAGUGUGCUAAACUGGAAAUUGCUUACAAUGGAGCAGCAGAGAACGAGACAACGUUGCUGAUAGCCAAUAUCCCACGCGACACAGAGGAGAAUGAACUGUUGGAAUUUUUGAGUAAAUUCGGCAAGAUCCUGGACUGGCAAAUGCAAAAAUCCGCAAACUGUGUACUCACGAACGUUGGGUUCGUCACUUAUCAGCUCGCCAAGUCUGCCCGAACGGUAUAUCUUUCCAGCCCGCUCAACUUCCAGGGAUGUGGAUUGGAUGUCUAUAAUCACAAGCUCCAGUAUCAGGCGGACGAGUCCAAAACUGCCUUCAUACUAAAGCGCACCAGUGUUUAUUUGACGACGGAUGAGAUUUUUCAAGCAUUUUCUGCAUGUGGCAAGGUGGAGUAUAUCCAGCGUUUAGACACUAGGAACUACAAUACCAUCGUUUGCAUGGACAGCGAAGAAGCCACAGUCAAAGCGUUCAAGGUACAUGAAAUAGCGGGCGAACCGAUACACGUUCGGUCUUAUAAUGCCAAGCAGUACAACCUCCCGAUGCCAGCGCCAACGGACGCGGAAGGUGAAAAGUCAGCCAAACGUAAGCGCAAAGAGGCGAUGCUUGUGCAGAUCAUCAAGACGGAAGACCGGCGCAACGCGUACCUUCUAGAUACGCAGCCCAACCCCAACUAUUCGAAUCCGAACGAGAUUUUCUACCGAUUCGAGGUGCAGGUUUGGAACUACCCGCCAAACUCGGGCCUUGCCAAGUUCAGGGAACAUUUCAGGCAGUACGGCGUCGUGAUCAACUUGAGGGAGGUGAAACAGACCGCCGAUCAGUGGAUCUCGGUUGCAUACUUGAGCUUCGACAGCAAACUAGAAGCUAAGCGAGUUUGCCAGCUGAACCAAUCGUUUAUGGGCUCGAACCGUUUGCUCGUGCUGCUGGCCGAUGAGAUGAUCGUACACUUACCGGAAUUGUGCGUGAGGGUAGGCAAUCUCACAGACGAGAUUACGAGCGAAGACAUUUACGAUCGGUUCAGUAUGGUCGAUAGGGUUAAGUACGUUUUCCGACCGAUGCUGGAGGAAGCGAUCGUAUGUUUCAUUGAUGCCCGGCGCCAUGAAAAAGCUUUGAAAGUAAUGUGCAUUGGCAGGUUUUGUGUAACUGUGCGCCCUCUCCAUACGAUAGCGAAUGAUCUGGCUGUACCGAGGAAUCCUGUACCAGGUACUCACGGUGCGCUAGCAUUGCCUGCAUACGGUGAAACCGUUCCCAUCAUGGGGGGCGGAAUGGGUCCUAUGCCUGCGGUAGUAAAUCCGAUGCUCUUGUCAGGCCCAGGCACACCAUUGCCCGUGCCAGCACCUUUGCCCAUGGCACCGCGUAUGCCAUUGCAGAUGGCCAAUAUAGGCCUUCCAAUGCAAAUGGGGGGCGGACCGGUCAUGGUAACUCCCCUGAUGCGUGGUCUCAUGCAACAAGUGGAAGCCGCCUUGCUAAAAUCGAACAAUUUCAAACUCAUACCAAUGAUGGAACAGUACAAUGUGGUACACGGUAUCAUCUGUCAGUGUCUACAGUUUCCACCGUUUCUGAAACUUAAUCGGGACGACAAGAUUCGAUACCUGAUAAGUGGGCAAAACGAUUUCCAACACGUUGGCAUCUUCACGCUGCUCACCUAUCCGGAGCAGCUGGAGAUGCUACGCGUCAUUGAGGAAUACUAUGCCAAAGUCACCAACUGCUGGCCACUAACAUCAGUAUCGACACCGGAUCCGGCGUCAUCAACCUUGAAGGAGGUUGCUCUAACGGCGGAACCGGAUCCAGUUCCGGUUCCGGCUCCGGCUCCGACUGCGGACACGAUUCCGAACUCAACGGCAGAUCCGGAACCGGCUCCGUUAAAUCCGACCAACUCCCCACUGGCAACGACGAACCAUAGCUGGGUUGCGGACGAGCAGAACAGCAAGCAGGAGGCGAAAGAGUCAGGACCCAUUGAAGUAGCGGACUCAGACGAUGACAUACCACCGGCACCGUCUCCUCCGCCGAUAUCGUCCCUCUCACACUGCAAAAUGAGCAAACACGGAAUUUUUAGCGGCAUGGAAGGCUAUGACGAACUGGAUAUACCGUUUAUGAGGAAAAAAAUGUCCGAAACUGAGCGUCUGGCUAUUCGCCGGUCGAUGAUCACCGUUGACAAUAUACCACCGGACAUGACGAGAGGCGAUAUUAAAGUUUUGUUUAGUAAUGCCGGAAAAGUUAGGUAUCUACAAGUAAGCCAGCCGGAUAAUCCAAAGGAGAGCAGGUCCGCCAUCAUUAAGUUCCAAAACUUAAACCAGGCCACCAGAGCACUGGAAGUUAACCUCACGGAGCUCCGGGGCCUCUUACUUAAGGUACGACGAUACAAAGAGCCAUACACUCCGGGAUUCCCUAUAAGCGUCACUUGCUCGGACAUGAGACUCUUUUCGGAAUACUUCAUCUACGAGACCUUUAAAACCUGCGGAGCAGUUCAAAAUGUCUGGACGACCACGAUUGAUGGAGUGAAGACGUGCAUCGUGGACUUCCGAGACAAGGAGUCAGUACCGAUUGCACUGAAAAUCACCUAUCUACAUAGUGGUGGCCGAUGUCGUGCUAGUGUGUAUCGAGUAGGUAAGAGUUAGUGUUGUAGAUUGUAAGUUAUCAACCAGUGUACCACGCAGUGUACCAAGCUGUGCUCUGCGCAGUGCUGUAGAAAAGACAAGCAAUGGUUAAUGUCGUGUAGUUCCGGAACACGCACUAUGCUUGAAACGGCGAAGAUAUGAAUGAUGCUUCAACUCAAUUCCUCUACGUUGUUAGAAGGAAUUAAAACAUCGAAAUUGAAAUGAUGUAGCAUAUGAGCAAGGAAGUUCUGAUUCUGAUCGUAAACUUAAAGCAUUUAAGUUUAAGUUGUACGUGCAUUACGAUAAAUCUUAAUAAAACAGAGCUUUUAAUACGAGUGAUACGAGUAACAACUAUUUUAAUCGUGUGGAAUUCGUGUCGACUCGCGAGUGCAAAUAAUUCGGUGCAAAUAACACAUCAUCCAUCCGGCCCAAUUGGUAAGUACCCUUGUUUAUACGCUACUAAACAUAGUGUAAAGAAUUUGAAAAUUGAAUAAACGUGAUCCAGGCUAACACUGAUCAACUAUAUUUAGUGUGGCAGCAGUGAGGGAUAUUACGAUUGUCAUGAUUUAGAAGUGAAGUAUAACUAGCAAGUAACAUUUGGUAACAAGAACUUUGAUAAGACGUAGCAGUUUCUUUAUCCAGGUGACAAAAGAACACUAAGGCGUUUUUGAUUUCGAUCUAUUCGAAGACUUCAGUCUUUUUUAUUACAUUUUUGCAUUGUUUUGUUCUUUUUUUCGUUUUUUACUCUAUCACACAGUUAG